CCAUCUAAAAAUUCCAAGAUGGCGGAUCCCGUCACGGGCUGAGUCUGCUGGUGGCGCGCGCGCCGCCGGUGUCCCGCGCCGGGGGCUAUCGCCGUAUCCGUUACCCCCGCCUCGCCCGCCGCAACACAGGUUUCCAUUUUGAAAGCCAUUGCAAGAUAUUCUGCCACCCUAUUGGAUUACUUCCUAUACAGCUCAGCAUGUCACUGUGCCCUGGAUUUUAUAAGGUGGCCAUGAUUUAAUCCCCACUCCCAAUUUCUAUGUAUUGUUGAAGCAUUGGAGCUCUUUAGAGCUGCUGUUACUUGGGUGGGAACUGAUCCGUCUUGAAUCCCUUCUUCAAAGGACUAGACAUUACUAGCAAUGAGCUCCCAAAGCCAUCCAGAUGGGCUUUCUGGCAGAGACCAGCCAGUAGAGCUGUUGAAUCCACCUAGAGUGAACCACAUGCCUAGCUCUGUUGAUGUGACCACAGCACUGCCCUUGCAAGUUGCACCAACUUCAGUCCCGAUGGAUCUGCGCUUGGACCACCAGUUUUCCAUGCCUGUGACGGAGCCGACGCUGCGGGAACAGCAGCUCCAGCAGGAGCUCCUGGCACUCAAGCAAAAACAGCAGAUCCAGAGACAGAUCCUCAUCGCUGAGUUCCAGCGGCAGCACGAGCAGCUCUCGCGGCAGCACGAGGCCCAGCUGCACGAGCACAUCAAACAGCAGCAAGAGAUGCUGGCAAUGAAGCAUCAGCAGGAGCUUUUGGAGCACCAGAGGAAAUUGGAGCAGCACCGACAGGAACAGGAGCUGGAGAAGCAGCACCGAGAGCAGAAACUUCAGCAGCUAAAAAACAAAGAGAAAGGAAAAGAGAGUGCAGUGGCAAGCACAGAAGUAAAGAUGAAAUUACAAGAAUUUGUCUUAAAUAAGAAGAAGGCAUUGGCACACCGGAAUCUCAACCACUGUAUAUCCAGUGAUCCUCGCUUCUGGUAUGGGAAGACACAGCACAGCUCUCUGGACCAGAGCUCCCCACCCCAAAGUGGCAUAUCCAGCACCUACAAUCACCCUGUACUGGGGAUGUACGAUUCCAAAGAUGACUUCCCACUGAGAAAAACAGCGUCUGAACCUAAUCUGAAGUUACGAUCCCGACUAAAGCAAAAAGUUGCUGAAAGACGGAGCAGCCCCCUCUUGCGCAGAAAAGAUGGUCCAGUGGUUACCGCUCUUAAGAAGCGCCCGCUGGAUGUCACAGACUCUGCAUGCAACAGUGCUCCUGGAUCUGGUCCCAGCUCUCCAAACAACAGCUCCAAUAACAUAAGCACCGAGAACGGAAUUGCAGGAUCAGUCACGAGUAUUCAAGCAGAGACCAGCCUGGCUCACAGACUUGUGAAUCGUGAAGGCUCAGUAACACAGCUUCCACUCUACACAUCUCCUUCUUUGCCCAACAUCACACUAGGACUGCCUGCAACUGGCCCUUCCAGCGGAGGAUCAGCACAGCAGGAUGCAGAGAGACUUACUAUCCCAACCUUACAGCAGCGGAUCUCUUUAUUUCCUGGCACUCACCUCACUCCCUACUUGAGCACUACAACGUUGGAAAGAGAUGGGGGAACUGCACAUAACCCUCUUCUGCAACACAUGGUCUUACUGGAACAGCCAACUGCACAAACUCCCUUAGUCACAGACUGGUAUCUUUCAGGACUGCCCCUCCAUGCACAGUCUCUGGUUGGUGGAGAACGUGUCUCCCCUUCAAUACACAAACUCCGGCAGCACCGCCCACUGGGGCGCACGCAGUCUGCUCCCCUUCCCCAGAACGCCCAGGCCCUCCAACAGCUAGUGAUCCAGCAGCAGCACCAGCAGUUCUUGGAGAAACACAAACAGCAAUUCCAGCAACAGCAACUGCACAUCAAUAAGAUUAUAUCAAAACCUAAUGAACCAGCUCGCCAGCAUGAAAGCCACCCUGAGGAGACAGAAGAAGAGUUACGGGAGCACCAAGCCCUUUUGGAGGAGCCAUACAGCGACAGAGUCACAAGCCAAAAGGAGGCUCCAGGGCUGGCCAACAUGGUGCAAGUGAAGCAAGAACCCAUCGAGAGUGAUGAGGAGGAUCUAGAGCCGCAGCAGGAGCUGGAGUCUGGGCAGAGGCAGGCUGAGCAGGAGCUACUCUUCCGUCAGCAAGCCCUUCUGUUGGAGCAGCAACGUAUUCACCAGCUAAGAAACUACCAGGCGUCGCUGGAGGCAGCUGGCAUGCCUGUCUCUUUUGGAGGGCAUCGGCCUCUGUCUCGUGCACAGUCCUCACCUGCCUCAGCCACCUUCCCGAUGUCCGUACAGGAGCCACCCACUAAGCCAAGGUUCACAACAGGCCUUGUAUAUGACACCUUGAUGCUGAAACACCAGUGUACCUGUGGAAACACAAACAGCCAUCCAGAGCAUGCGGGGAGGAUCCAGAGCAUCUGGUCCCGGCUCCAGGAGACUGGUCUCCGUGGCAAGUGUGAGUGCAUUCGUGGAAGAAAAGCAACUCUAGAAGAGCUGCAGACAGUUCACUCGGAAGCCCAUACGCUGCUGUACGGCACAAACCCUCUGAACAGACAGAAACUGGACAGCAAGAAACUUCUAGGUUCUCUAACGUCAAUGUUUGUCAGACUUCCUUGUGGUGGUGUCGGGGUCGACAGUGACACAAUUUGGAAUGAAGUUCACUCAUCCGGUGCUGCUCGCCUGGCUGUGGGCUGUGUCAUUGAGCUCGUUUUCAAAGUAGCCACGGGAGAACUGAAGAAUGGAUUUGCUGUUGUUCGGCCUCCAGGUCACCAUGCAGAAGAGAGCACACCCAUGGGUUUCUGCUAUUUUAACUCCGUGGCAAUUGCAGCCAAGCUGCUCCAGCAAAGACUGAAUGUUAGCAAAAUCCUUAUAGUGGACUGGGAUGUUCACCACGGGAAUGGUACUCAGCAAGCUUUCUACAAUGAUCCUAAUGUUCUUUAUAUUUCACUACAUCGCUAUGAUGAUGGGAACUUCUUUCCAGGCAGUGGUGCUCCCGACGAGGUUGGCACAGGAGCAGGAGUUGGUUUCAAUGUUAACAUGGCCUUUACUGGUGGCCUUGAUCCACCAAUGGGAGACACAGAAUACUUAACUGCUUUCAGGACGGUAGUAAUGCCCAUUGCCAAUGAAUUUGCCCCAGAUGUUGUGCUGGUGUCAUCUGGUUUUGAUGCAGUAGAAGGCCAUCCCACACCCCUUGGAGGAUAUAAUCUAUCAGCAAAAUGCUUUGGGUACCUGACGAAGCAGCUGAUGGGCCUGGCUGGGGGUCGUGUUGUCCUGGCCCUUGAAGGAGGCCAUGACCUGACGGCCAUUUGCGAUGCCUCGGAAGCGUGUGUUUCUGCUUUGCUGGGAAAUGAGCUUGACCCUCUUCCAGAAAAGGUUUUCCAGCAGAGAGCAAAUGCUAAUGCAGUGCAUUCAAUGGAGAAAGUAAUCGAGAUACACAGCAAGUAUUGGCAUUCACUCCAGCGUUACGCCUCCACAGUGGGGUACUCCCUGGUUGAGGCACAGAAGUGUGAGAACGAGGAGGCAGAGACGGUAACAGCCAUGGCAUCUCUGUCAGUGGGCGUGAAGCCAGCUGAGAAGAGACCCGAUGAUGAACCCAUGGAAGAGGAACCUCCCCUGUAGCAUUCACCUUCAAGCUGGAGUUCUCCUGUCUGUUCGUCUUCGUCUUGAAGCUCUGCUAAGAAGCUUUCUCUUGUUACUCCUGCGUCCUGUCAUGGUUUUUUCCAGAAUACAGAAGGACAACCAGGUGUAAAACAAAGCAACAGAAAAAAAAUCUCUCCAUAACUAUUGCGUCUACAGUAUAUAUUUGCUGAAAAAUGACGGUGAAGAGCAGUAAAGGACUGACACACUGGGAACUCUUCCCCUGGUCCUCGCUGGGAACAGAAAGGGGAACGAUGCCCGUGAAGUCUUUGGCAGAGUUGCCAAAAAAAAGUCAAAGAUUCAACAACACGUAUGAAAAUAAAACAAACAAACCUUAACGUAAAACUGGUGCUUACAUUUUGAUUACCCACAAUUCAGCAAUCUCCGCUUGAACCACUCGACCCAUCUUGUAGUUUCAUUUCUUGGAUUUUUUUAAAUGGCUCUUGCCUGCCUGUGAGUCAACGACAUUCUUGUCAAAACCAGAACAAUGGGAGAUGGUGUAUUUUUAAUGGGGAGGGACAGGGAAAGAGGGACUCGUCUUAUGUCUAAAGGAAAGGGUAAGAGAAAGGGGGAAACAGUAGCCCAGAUGGAGUCGGCUUUAUUGUCUCCAAAGCCAUCUGAAGAUGAGUUUGUGCCUUUUUUUUUAAUUGAUGGAUUUGGUGCAGCUGGAUUUUCUGAAAUUUGAGGAACAAUGCCUUAAGAAAAAAAACACACACACACACAAAAAAAAAAAAAACAAACACAAAGAACACAGCAGUUCAUGAAUAUUUUUCCUCUGAUUGGGAAAGCCAAAAACUGCCAUCAGGAAGGAAGACAUUUUGGCUUGUGCUGGCAUGAUGGUGGGAAGCAGGCAUCAGCUGAACAGAGCGUCUCCAAAAACUGUCUACAAGUUUGGAUUUGUUUUGUUUUCUUUCAUUGCUGUUUCAAAAAAAAAAAAAAAAAAAAGGAAAAAGGAAAAAAUUAAGGUAGUUGCCAAGAAAGUGGCAAAUACUGUUGGGUCUUUGAAAUUCAACCAUUUUUAAAAACAAAUUUUCAAAUGUUUUCUCUCUUCUACAUUAUCUAGUAAUUGAACUUAUCAAUUUGGUUGUUGAAGCAUGUAUUAGACACAAAUGCAGGUUUAAGACUGGAAUGCUUUUUAUUAAAAGCAGCUAGCAUGAGAUAUUGCUUAAAUUGUUAGGUAUAAAUAUAUAUAUGUGUAUAAUGUAUAUUCCAAAUGUAUUCCAAGCUUAGAAACCGGAUUCCUAUGAAUUAUUGAUAAAACUAUUUAUGAUGCAUUUAUAGAAAAAUAUAUGUAAUAAAUGCAUACUAUAACAGUAGCCAUUGGAAGCUCCCAGGGGACAGAUUUGUGAAUUGGAACGUAAAAGGUACUUUUGGAAAAGGAUCCAGGUUGAAACUCGAGGACUUUCAGAUGACAGGUUGGAAGGUUUUUCAGAAAGCCAACACGUUAGCCACUGGGCAACUACCCUAAACAUUUGUAUUUUAAUUUAAGGUUUUUAGUUGUGAUCCUUUUCUAACAAAAAGAAAAAAAAAAAGAGUUUUUUAUAGCAAAGACUAUGAAUUUGCUGUUAAUUUUUAUAUUGAUAUUUCACAAAACCCUCAAGAAGCCUUGUUUGUGUGACUCUGACAUUUCUUUUCUAUUUGGCAGGUUUCAUUUCUGAACGGCAAUCGCGUCUAAACCUUUUUUCCUCCCACUUUUCUGGCUUGUACAUUAUUUUCCUUUUUUUUUUUUUUUUUCUUAAGUCUUUUGUACAGUGAGCAGCUUUCUGCAGGCGUAAGGAACCAUGGCAGAUGUCAGAGUUUAUUUUUCGGAAAGGGUGCAUUUUAUUGAGGAGGAGGGAACGUGAUGGGCUCUUUGUAUAAUGAUACCGCCAACUGUAUAUUUCCUCAGUUCUGCUAUAGUAGCUAUGUAAAGAAAAUAAGGAGUUUUCUUACCUCCGACAUAGUAGUAUUCCAAUGGGCGACGUCUUUGUCCUCCGAGCGGAUCGUAGCGAGGAUUGCAGGCGGCUGCAGCAGCUGCCCACCAUUGGGAAGGCUUGUCAGAGACACUCGUUGGGUAGCUGGCAUUUUUCUUUCCGCCGGACACGCAGACACGCAUGCACACCUCCCCACGUGCUCUUUCUCUCUCCUUCUCUCUUUCUCUCCUCUUCUUCUUCCUGUUGCUGGUAGGGUUGGAGAACUUUUCCCGAAGGUAUUUUUUCUCCCGAAGGUAUUUUUUCUCCCGGAGGAGGUCGUUGCCUCACGCCAGCCGGACCUUCAGCCUUGGCUGUCGCCUCCUGCAGACGGCGGGUGGGAGAAGCAGCAAAGCCCUGCCACGAGGACUUUGAGCAGCUUAGAGGAGACUGGAUCAACACGCGUGCCUUCUUACAGCAGUGUAGGAUAGCACACACCCCUCGUCCGAACAACCAAGGGUGGCUUUUUUAUUAUUAUUAUUUUAUUCUGUUACGAUGACGACUGAUGGGGUCGCUUCCAGUAACUUAUUUUUUUCCAGUUCUCGAAGCGGCCAUUUUCAUUCCAUUCAGGGCUCACUCGCAGGAGGAAUUUGAAGCGUAAUCAUACAUGUGAGCAAAUGCAAGAGGCUUUUGUUAUAUUCUUCAGUUUAUAAUGCAGUUUAAAAACAGACACUACUGUAUUUGAGUUUUGCAAACCCAAGUACCUGUUAAAAUUACGAAUGGCUUCGGUCGCGUAGGACCAUCCUCAGCAUAUUCUAAAAAUAAUCUUCCCGUGUGAAAACACGAUGUACCUGGAGAUGUUGUGGUUUGGUUCUUUCAACCAACCACUUUGCUGCUGUGAUCUAAAAUUAAUCUGGCUGCCGAAUCUGGUGACUGACUAGAUUUUCCUUUCGCCGUGUACACGCUGUGGGCAGUAACCACGUUUACACGAUCAUUUCUGUUGUCAGCUCUUCCCUGGCAGGUUUUUGUAUUUCUCCUCUCAGUCAUGGCAAAGCUUUUUAUUUCAUUUUUGUGUUCCUGAGAGCUGCCGGCUGGCCGUGCUGAGCCAGUUUCUUUUUAAAAAUCAGAGGAACUUGUCAGGAUGCCGCCUUCAUUUCUUUCCAUCAUUUCCCUCAGCUCUUUGCCAGGGACGGAAAGAUUUUUCCGGAGACGCCGGAGCUCAUCUUCUCCAAACUCCUGGCAACAUGGAUUAAUUUCGCAGCGGCGUCCACUCCCCAGGCGAGGUCGGAAUGCUUUUUGGGGCCAGUGUAGGCACAGAGUGUGUGGGGGGGAAGCCCUCAUUUUGAGGCUUGCCGAGGCUUUUUUCACCUUCUGAGCCGUUAGCUUCUUCAUUUCAGAUGACUUUGCCAUAGGGUGGCUGCACUGGCAGGGCGGGAGCCCGGGAUGCUCCUGCGUCCCAGCGCGGUGCUGCCAGGGCAUCCUUCGUACCUGCUUGGAAAGAAAGCAGCAUCUUUAAAUCCUCUUUACAGAGAAGCGAGGCCCAGUUUGCAGUACACAAAUAAUCAUUGGGGUUUUUUGUUGUUUUGUUGGUUUUGUUUGUUUUGUUUUGUUUUGUUUUUUUUUACUUUCAAUACAAAACAUUCCUUUUUUUAUUAGUCACGGUCAUGUAUUCAUUCCAUUCUUCCUUUUGUAAACUUUUUGGGCCCACAUCUUUUAUGGGCAUUGAUAUAUAUAAAUAUAUAUAUAAAUAUAUAUGAAUAUAUUUUUUUAAGUUUCCUACACCUUGAGGUUGCAUGGUCUGUAAGGUUGGCAUGUCUUUAUAUUGUAUACAGAUUUUGCACGCCAAACUUGGCAGCUUUGACAACGAAAAAAAUGUGGUUUGGGGUUUUUUUGGGUUUUGUUUGUUUUUUUGGUUUGUUGGGUUUUUUUUGGUUUUUGGGGUUUUUUUCCUCUCGUGGCAUUUGCGGAGACUAAAGGUUGGGACGUUGUUGUCACACACACACGCACGCACCCACGCACGCACCCACACAGCUACACACGAAGGAGAGUGGGAACAUUUUUUGUGUCUUACUGAACUUAAUAAGAAAUUGUGCUUUUUAUUGUUUAAAAAAAGUAAAUAAAAAGGACUACUUAAACAUUUCUCAUUUUAAGAAGAAAAAAAAGGCGUUUAUCUAGCACUUGUGACUUACCAAUAAUAGAGUUUAUUGUAUUUAUGUGGAAACGGUGUUUUUAGGGAAACUACGCAGAACACACAUAGUAAACUGCCUGUGUCGUCAUUAUUUUUUUGUUUCCUUUUAAUUUGGGUUGGUAUUUUAUUUCGAUUUCUCAGCUGGGUGGGGAGGUUGGAUGCAACCCUUUGUCAACACACAUACUCAUUAAUUCUAAGGAGAUGAGUGACGAGGACUUUAAAGAGUUAACUCUUCUGCACAGCUGCGUUAACUUUUUUAAAAUUACUUUUACAUGAUGUAUUAUUGCUAAGUUUCACUUUAAACAGUCGUGUACUGUGCAACACUGUGGUUUAAAACGAGACUUUACAUCAAAAGGAAAACAUGUUUCUUCAUUGUCAUGAAGUUGAGCUUGUUCUCAGCUCAUCUUCACUUUGUCUUUGAUAUUGAUGAAAAAGUAUCCUAUUGAAAGAAAAUAAAUUAACACUUUUCUGUGCUCCAUAGUGGAGGCGCUAUUUUCCAAUUUAUGAGGAUGACAAACUUAUAUAUAUAAUAUAUAUAUAAAAGUGGGGGGGUGGGGUUGAAACAUUAUUCACCCAAGAGCUUAUUACAGAUAUGUAGUAUCAAAAAGUUGUAACUAUAUUAUAUUCUACUUUAUACCUAUACAUGCUCAGUAUGACGUCACCAUUGGUAGCAGCUACCGGUUUACGCUGUAAUUUAGACACAAUUUCACUCUUACUGUAUGGACCCUACUUUAAGUGAUGGUAGCAUUCUUUGUGCUAAAUUUUCUGAUGGUCCUUUCUUUUACUUGGUGGAGUUGGAAUAUUUUUCUCCUUCUUGUUUUUCUUUGGGGUUUUUGUUUUGUUUUUUUUUUCUUCCUUCUCUUUUUUUUUUUUUUUUUUUUUGUACUGGCCAAUGGUGUCUUUCUCUGACAGUACCGACUUCAAUUUCAACUUUAUUAGGAGUCCAGUAUUUUGUACCACAUUAUGACAACUUGUUAUUCUUGUGGUGUAAAUAAAAAGAAAAAGUUAAUUAUAGUA